AUGAGUAAGACUAAUACUGAAGAAUCAGCCACGGCCAAGGCUGAUCUGACCCACAGUGAGCAACAUUAUUUUGAUUCGUAUGACCACUAUGGUAUCCACGAAGAGAUGUUGCAAGAUUCUGUGCGUACCUUGUCCUACAGGAAUGCCAUUGUGCAAAACAAACACCUUUUUAAGGAUAAGAUCGUUUUAGAUGUUGGCUGCGGUACCGGUAUUUUGUCGAUGUUUGCCGCAAAGAACGGUGCCAAGCACGUCAUUGGUGUCGAUAUGUCCAGUAUCAUUGAGAUGGCUCGUAAGAUUGUCGAUAUCAAUGGGUUUUCCGAUAAGAUUACUUUGCUACGUGGUAAAUUGGAAGACGUUGAAUUGCCAUUUCCAAAGGUCGAUAUCAUCGUGUCCGAAUGGAUGGGUUACUUUUUACUGUACGAGUCUAUGUUGGAUACCGUCCUGUACGCUCGUGAUCGUUAUUUAGUUGAAGGUGGUCUAAUCUUUCCCGACAAGUGCUCAAUUCAUAUCGCCGGUUUGGAAGAUGCUCAUUAUAAGGACGAAAAACUAAACUACUGGCAUGAUGUCUAUGGGUUCGAUUACUCUCCAUUUAUUCCUCUAGUCAUGGAAGAACCUAUUGUGGACACCGUUCAAAGUAAUGUAGUCAACACGACUAGAUGUCAAUUGAUCGAGUUCGAUCUAAAUACCGUGAAAUUAUCUGAUCUUUCGUUUAAGGCCAAAUUUCAAGUUCAAGCUAAGAGACAGGAUUGGAUUAAUGGGUUGAUCGCCUGGUUCGAUUGCGUUUUCCCAGCACCAGAAGGUAGAACACCAGUCGGAUUUUCAACGGGUGCUCACUCGCCAUACACUCACUGGAAACAAACUGUUUUCUAUUUGAAGGACAAUUUAGAGUGUGAGACUGGCGAUAUCUUGGAAGGUGAGAUCACUUGUGCUCCUAACAAGAACCACAACAGAGAUUUAGAUGUUAAAAUCAAUUAUAGUUUCAGAGCCAAGGGUGUUGACGCCAACCGUAGAAGAAGAAUUGGUGAAAACCGUUACGUGAUGCAUUAA